AUGGAUCCUAGUCUCGACAAAGAAAGAGAGGAGAUGAAGCCCUUCAUGAAAGAGCAAUAUGAGAACAUGUACGAUGAUUUCUGGGAAAUGGGGAAAUGGGAGCUGGAAAAGCACUUUGACAAGGACCAACUGUUCGAGAACUUUCUGUACUACUUUGAUAACGACGGAGAGCAAGAGUGGGAAGUCAACUGGAGGUUCAAGAUGAUGAGACAAGCCCUCUGGCGAUUGGAAAACGAGAGCUUCCGUGGGGACUGGAAGCGCUGCGCCGAGUUGGCGUCCUCGGUCGCCGACUUUGCCCGGAUCUUCGGCUUGAAGAUUGUCGUCGGCAAGAUGGAGGAGGUCGAAGAACGCUGCCGGUCGACCGCCGCGGACACCAACCAGCUCAGCCAUGAAUCGGCGGAGCUGGACAAUGACGCCCACGAAGCCGACCCGAAAGAUGCGGGGGAGGUGGUGGACGAGCAGAUUGCUGAGGCGCUGGGGCAGCUAGACCUGCAGGCGGACGCGCCGUCCGCCGAGGAAGUCCAGCGCGGGUCGGACGAGGACGAGUUUGAGCAGGAGAGGAUGAGGAUGGGCCAGCAGCUCUGCCAGGAGGUGAUCGACGAGCAGGGCCACGUGGAUGUUGAGAUGCUCAAGGAUGUGGUGCGAAGCGGGUACAUUAGCAUGGAGCAGAUGCGGAAGAUGAUCGAGACGAUGAUCGAUAUUGGGGCGAUGGACGAGGCUACGAUGGGAGAGAUGAUGCAGAUGCUGAAUGAGGUCGGAUACAUAAACGGCGAAGAUGCCUUCGGGGAAUACGGCGACUGGAUGCAGAAGCUCUGGGAGUCCCCCAAGUACCAGACCAACUCGUUCACUCAAGAGCAAGCCCGAGCAGCGAAGGCUGAGGCAGAUGACGCCCUUCGCCUACUGUUUGCAUGCUUCUACCAAAAUGAAGACCCUGACAUGUCGACCUGGGAUGAAGAGAGGAAUGAGAGCGAAGCACCCGAGCCGGAGGGACUCAAGAUCAAUUGGGGGGUCUUUGCCGUUCGCCUUGCGGUUGGUAUCUUGACGAACGGUCUGAGCGAAGACGCGCAAUGGUUCCCGAACAACCUAGAGAGCCUAACAUACUGA